AUGGUGACUCCGGUAGAGUCCCAGCAUUCCGAUUCAAUGGCCUCGUUUGCGCCUACCAGGCACUUCAUCCGCGUAUCGCUAGCCUGCGUCCAGUGCCGAUCACGGCAUCUGAAGUGCGAUGCAAAGGCCCCUCGAUGUUCUCGCUGCCAGACCGACGGGAAGCAGUGUACCUACCUCAAAUCUCGCCGCGGCGGACGACGCAGGCCAACCUCGUCGCCUUCCCCGGUCCCGGCCGAUCUUCCACUGUCCGGGUUGCCGCCGGACUGUGUCUCGCUUCCCGUGCCCGACGAGAACGUCUUCAACGAUGCGUACUGUGGCGUACCGAGAUCUAUCCCAAUGGUCACGCCGACUCGCGCAACCACAAUCGCCAGCAGUAACGGCAGCAGUCCCACUCACUCUGAAGUGCAGUCGGACGAUCUGCUCAACAUGUACUACAGGUACUUUCACAUCUCGCAUCCUUGCGUGCUUCCCCGGUGGUCCUUCCAGAUUCGAUUGGCCCAGGAUCCAGUCACUUUGCGGCCCCUCCUGCUGACCAUGCAGUAUAUCGGUGCCUUGUUUACGCCCUCUGUCAACUCUGGCCCAUUGGAGGCGGAGGUGCAGAAGGCGUUUGCUGAUUUUCGAGCUGGGUCGGGGGAGCCCACCGGAUACCACGUCCAGGCCUUCUUGCUAUAUUCCAUCGCCGUUUACUGGUGUAAUGAAAUUGAGAGAGGGCUGAAGAUCCUCGAUGAAACCAUUCGUAUGGCCCUCGACAUGGAGAUGCACCUCGAAUCGUUUGCACAGCGCCAUGGAGAAAACAACCGACUGCUCGAAGAGAGCUGGAGGCGGACCUGGUGGCAGUUAUACGUCGUUGACGGCCAUGUUGCCGGAAGUACCCACACGUUCCCGUUUAGGACCAGUCAUAUCCAGCCCACCGCCACUCUCCCAUGCGAGGAAGAUCUCUACGAAAAAGGGGAUAUCCCGAAGCCGAGAACCCUGUAUGAGUACGACAUGCGCGAGUUCGCAGAUGAAGAAGACCAAGACUUCUCCUCAUUCGCGCAUCUCGUUGGCCUCACGCGGGGGCUUGAUCUUGCCUUAUCCGGGCGCCGGCCAAACAAUCCAGACCCGCCAAGUGUCGUGUGCUCACGUGUGGACACCUGCAUGAGAGCGUGGUGCUCCCUUAUACCUCCAAGGAAGCGCUGUCUUGCCCGGGAAGACGGUACCAUCGACGAACAGCUAUUUAAAGCGAACAUGUUGGUUCAUACAUACAUUGUGGAUCUACACCGUGAGCUAUCAAGUUUAGCAUACAGCCCUAUCGAGUCCGUGUCUAGAUGCGCCCCACCGGCACCUUCGGACGCGAACAACCCAAACAGAGCAACCAAGGACAUGCAAAUUCAUACAUCCAAGGUUCUGCUUGCCGUUGAUAAAUUCAACGAUCUACUCACGCUGCCCACCACCAUCAUAUCUCACACGCCUUUCGUCAUCUGCAUGAUUGCAAACACUACCAUCGCCCAUCUCUCAGCUUGCAAGCAUCUCUUCCGCGGUAAGACACUGCAAAUAGAACGGGAGAGGAUUAGAUUGAACAUGGGUGCCCUCAAGACACUCAGCAUGUAUUGGCCGCUAGGUAAACGGACGUAUCGGGAGAUGGCAACCAUUGCGCGGGAUAUCCUAUCGCUCUCUGACGGCGAUAUCAGCCCUAUAAGCAAUGCCGCAAUGAUGCCCAACACAACAUCCCAUGGCGUAGUGAUGCCUCAUGGCCCGCCCGCUUCCUAUCCAGACGUUCUCUCCUUUGACUUCAAUGGUAUAUUUGAUGUUGGUGACUUGUUCGACAAGUCUAUAUCCUAUGAUUAUACAGCCCUGUCGCUCCCAUCAUCUUUAACACAGGAUGUUUCUUAA